AGAGGCUGGGAGAAGACACAUAGCCACCUGACCAAUGAAUAUUCUCCGCGUGGAUGUGCCGACAUAGAACAUAAAAAAUAAACAAAAUUAAAGGCAGGGAAAGAAUCAGCGCUGCCUUCUCUCCUCCAGAUAUAUCGGGCUCCUCCGAUUUUCCGUUAUCCGGAUUCCGGAAUCCAGUUUUCGGUUUUAAGCAAAACGAUGCAGCGAUUCGUCGACUCGUCCCUCGCAGUCGUCAAGGAGUCCGUGAAGACUAUCACUUAUGAGUCUUUGAACAAUAUUGCAAGGCUGAUAAAUGGAAUGUCAGCACUUCUAUUGGCCAUUCUGCCUGGGAAGGCCAAUAUUCUUGAAGGUAUUCAUGGCUGGGAGCUCAGGCCAACUUUCCGUGGACCUCGUCUUCCACGCUGGAUGGGGAAUGGCGUCUCCUCUUUCAACCAGUUUAUCCAUGAACUUUCUGUGGAUUCUGAUACUUCAUCAAGUGAUGAUCACUCAUCUGGAGAAGAAGAUAAUGAUGGCGCAUAUCCUCCAUCACCUUUAUCUCAAAGUUCUCGCCUCUCCAGGGCAAGCAGUUAUACAAAGGAUGAUAAGAUUUGGACAUGCUGGAUUAUAUGGAUAUUUUCGUGGAUUCUGUUUCCUGUAAAGUUUCUGCUGGGGAUACCAUUUUGUCUUUAUCAUUUGUCUUUUUCUAGGGGGUCAAAAUCCCCAUCCACCUCAGGAAGCCACCAGCCUUCACCUGCACGUCCUCUUAAGAGAGUAUACACCCUCAAGGAUCAUCCUUUUCAUCUCACCACUGACAGGAGACGUGGAGUAAUUGAGGAUCUUCAUCUAGCAAUUGAGAUAUUCAUAGAGGCGAUAUUUGAUGUUGUUCACAAGGCAGCACAUUGUGUUCUUUCACCAUCUGAAGCUUUCAGAAUAAUGUUUAGAUGGGUUUCUUCCCACAGUAGUAAUACUGAUAUUUCUGCUGGUGGUUUGGAUGCCUCUGUCCCUACGGCUACACUUGGAGAGGAUGAUCCAACUGUUAGAGAAAGGAAAACUACUUUUAAUAACACUCUAAAUACAGAUGCCCGGACAUGUCAGGAUGUCAUAACAGAGUUUGGGUACCCUUACGAAGCUAUCCGUGUGGUCACUGCUGAUGGUUAUGUGCUUCUUUUGGAAAGAAUUCCCAGACGUGAUUCACGGAAGGCCGUUUAUCUACAGCAUGGAAUAUUGGAUUCCUCUAUGGGGUGGGUGUCUAAUGGAGUUGUUGGUUCUCCAGCUUUUGCAGCCUUUGAUCAAGGGUAUGAUGUUUUCCUUGGGAACUUCCGUGGCUUGGUUUCUAGGGAACAUGUCGACAAGAAAAUUUCUUCAAGAGAGUACUGGCGAUACUCCAUCAAUGAACAUGGGACUGAGGACAUACCUGCAAUGAUAGAGAUGAUUCAUCAAAUAAAGACUUCAGAGUUGAAGGGUAGCAAACCUGAUCUUAAGGAAGAAACUGAUGAUGAUCAGCCUUACAAACUUUGUGCAGUGUGCCACAGCUUGGGAGGAGCGGCUAUUUUAAUGUAUGUCAUAACACGUCGGAUUGAGGAGAAGCCCCACAGACUUUCAAGAUUGAUCUUGUUAUCACCUGCUGGCUUCCAUGAAGAUUCCAACCUAGUGUUUACAGUGGCAGAGUACAUUUUCCUUUUAUUUGCCCCUAUCCUGGCACCCCUUGUGCCUGGCUUCUAUAUACCUACAAGAUUCUUUCGUAUGCUGUUGAACAAAUUGGCUCGAGACUUCCAUUACUACCCUGCAGUUGGAGGACUGGUUCAAACCCUGAUGAGUUAUGGCGUUGGUGGAGACAGCUCAAACUGGGUAGGAGUGUUAGGUAUACCACAUUACAACAUGAAUGACAUGCCAGGAGUUUCAUUCCACGUGGCUCUCCACCUCGCACAGAUGAAGCAUGCCAGAAAAUUUAUUAUGUAUGAUUAUGGCAGUUCAUCUGCCAACAUGAAAAUGUAUGGAUCACCUCAGCCAUUUGACUUGGGUGAAUACUAUGGGCUCAUUGAUAUUCCUGUUGAUCUUCUUGCUGGACGGAAGGACAACGUGAUCCGGCCAUCAAUGGUGAAAAAGCACUAUUCGUUGAUGUAUAAGUCUGGUGUAGAUGUAUCAUACAAUGAGUUUGAGUAUGCUCACUUGGAUUUCACAUUCUCACACCAUGAAGAACUCUUGGCCUUCAUCAUGUCACGCUUACUGCUGGCGAGGCCCUCCCCAAAGCAUCAAUCUGGUCAGAAGGCUGCUAUCUCAAAGAAAGAAGCUGAGCGGUGAGCUGCUAGUGGAUCCAGAAUGCAAAACCAAACUCCCUCCUGGUUUUUUUUCCUCUGUUGGGAUUGGGCAUGCUUAUAUUGUAUUCUUUGGUACAAAUUGCUGUUGUAUUUUGAUCAUCGACUAGGUUGCUGUGUCCUUCACCUCACUGUAAUUACUUAUGGAGCUGUACUAUAUGUCCUUCAGUCACCUUUCCCUUGAUAUAUUUUUUCUCUUGAAGGGAAGUAAAAUGGGUGGAAGGGUGUACCCAGUUUGGGUUUAUAUUAUUGUAGUUGAGUUGCUGGGCUCUGAAAAUUGUUGUCUGUAACAUCAUACUGCAUGUAAUAGUUCAUUUUCAAACAUAUUGGCCAGGGUAUGGAUGAUGAUUAUUGUUUCUUAAA